GCCAUGCUUUGGUGAGGUUUUUUAAUCAUACAUGUCACAUAAAUGUGUAAUUGGAAAUUGAUGGUUCCCUUUCUCCGGCCGCUUCUAUUUCUUCCAACUUUCAGAAGUCUCUGCCCUGCUGUGCGCAGCCAUCGCCGGCUAUGGCAAAGCCAGUGAAAGGAACCGUAACACCACUGUCCUCCAUUUUCUCGGCAGAAGAAGCCCAGAAGGCGGCGAAGCGUGUGCAGGACGCCGUGGCCGACAGCCAGAGGGAACUUGGCCGCCUUCGCGACUUCGUUGCCGACAACACCAACCUUGUUAAUCUUGUCCAGCGUCUACCGGAUGAACUCCACCAUGACAUAAUGGUUCCGUUCGGGAAAGCUGCGUUUUUCCCUGGCCGAUUGGUUCACACCAAUGAAUUUUUGGUUCUACUAGGAGAAGGUUACUAUGCUGAAAGAACAUCCAGACAAACUAUUGAGAUUCUAAAAAGACGAGGGAAGGUUUUGGAAUCCCAUGUUGAUUCACUGAAGGCUGUGAUGGAGGAUCUUAAAGCUGAGGCAUCCUUUUUUGAUACUACAGCAGCUGAAGCAGCAGAGGGUCUUGUAGAGAUAAGAGAAGAAUUUAUAGAGGAAAAUUUUUCUGGCACUUUGCCUAACUCAGCCCCCCCUGGCCUAGAUACUCCUUUAGCUGAAGCGAAGACUGCAAGAGUUGGUGAUGAAGAUGAAGAGUAUGCUCAUAUAAUGUCUAAGUUGGAAGAACUUGAGAAAGAGGAGCUUGCAGCAGAAAAUGUCAACAAAGAUUAUAAUAAUGGGCAAAUUGAGGCUGACUGUGGUCACACUAUAAGCCAGCAGUCAGGUCAUGAUUCUCAGAGUUCAGAGGAGCAUCAGCUAACCCAUGCACCACCAACAUUGAAGGAUGAAUAUAGAACCACCAAAGACUUCUCAAGUGAAAAUCGGCAGGAUCUUUCUGAUCAGUUAAAUUUUGAAGGUUUGAUGAUUCAACCUAUAAGCAAAGAUGAAUCUUUGUACGGAAAAAGCUUAGCGCAUGGUGCCAGUAAUUCCUCUUCUAGUGGGAAUGCUUUCGUGGUUCCGGAAGUGAGGGAGAAUGUUCAGGCAGUGUCUACAUCAAAGAACGAGGUUUCUGUUAAGACUUCUAAACUGCGCUGUGAUAGCCUCCAGGCUUUUACUGGUUCCAUUGUGGAGCACUCGCACAACAUACAAACGAAUUCAAGAGAACAAAUUGCUGCUUCUUCGCAGGCUUCCAGUUCCCAGCCUUCAAAACCAGUUUCCAGAUUCAAGAUGCAGAGAAAAUAACUGUGUAAUGUUACUGCAAGGACAGGAGGGAGAUCUAACUUUGUUUGUUUUGGUUUGGGAAAUGUGCAGUGCCGAACACAAUUGUGUGUAAUAUAGUCAUCAGGAUGCUGUAGAAUAGCAGUAGCCAUUGAUAUGUCAGCCAAUUGCAAGAAAUUGAGUGAUAUUUUCGAUCAUUGAUAUUUAACGCUGGGGUGAUCAUGUUGCGUUGCUGUUUUUCAUGUUAACAUCUAUCUCAAGUAAUAACAUGCGUUCUAUUGUAUAGUAUAGAUAGAAAUAAUAUUGAUGUUUUGGAGACAGAAA